AUGACUGCGCUCCGUACCGCGUAUCCUCUCACGGUCGUCAAGGCGGAAUUUGAACCCAUUUCCCUUCGGCCAUCGCAGGAUAGCAGCAGGAUUGAGCUAUUGCGACGAAAUUUAGCUGAGCUUCAAGAUGAGUUGCGAUUGAGCGCGGCUCAGUGGGAGGAAGAGCGCGGUUGGAUACUUGAAGAAACCGAAUACUUGGUUAGAGAAGAAGACCAGGCCAACGCAGAACUUCGUACUGAGAAUGAGAGGCUGAAGCAGGCGGUCCGACUCGCAAUAUCUGAGUCAGAUGUCGACAUUCCCGAAAGAUCCCCGCAUCUCCAAAUGCCCCAGCCGCAAACGUCAGUGCCCAGACCACCAAAAAAUGGUGCAGCCUCAGAUUCGCACUCAGAAGAUAUCGUUGAUGACAUCGAAGUGCUGGGCUGUAUCUCGGUCAAGGGGAACGACGCGCAGGGGAACCCAAUCAAGUUCCGCCAGGUCAUUCUGACGAAGCCGGAGGACGGGGACAUGCUCUGGGACUUGCGCAGAUUGCGAUUGGGCCCCACUAUGGAGGUGAUGGAUCCGCGACACAGGAAGACGUUCACGCGAAGAAUGCUAUCCAGAGCCUUCGGGGGUGGGUUUCAGGAAACAUAUCAUCACAGCAGGCAGCCGAAUCAUCCAGACUGGUACGCAACAUACAACCCCACAUGGAAUCCCCAGCUCCCAGACGUCGGCCAGCAAGGCGUUGCAUUUGAUGACGUACACACAGAUCGCCUGCUCCCCGUCUUCAUCCUUGUCCGCACGAACGCAUGGCGCUACUGCGGCCACUACUCCGUAACGAUGUGGGGCGAGUUGGACGCCGUACAAAUCGCCCGCCUUCCCCGUGACUGCCUGGACACCAUGGUGCACGACUACGCUCACUUGAAGAACGGUCAGAGAGCGGUUGACGGUCGUGAGGCGAAGAAUAUGAAGGAGGCUAGAGGGAAGGGCGUGCCAUACCGACCUAUCGUUCGUACGGAGGAGGGCAUCAUGGAAGCGUUCUUGGACGGGCGUAUGGUCCAGCUGUUCACCAUCCUGCAGUUUCAUCAUCACGACAAAGUGUGGUUCGAGCGGCUGCUUGCUGUGGAGCCGGCUGUAGCGGAAGAGGAGAAGGUCAUAGCGCAGAAGAAAAAGGAGAAGGAGGAGGAAAAGAAAAGGCUCAAGGAGGCGGGGAAGAAAGAGGCAGAGGUCGGAACGAAACGAAAGACGACGAACACUGGUGCGGGAGGAAACAAAUCUCGAAAAAAGCGCAAGGCGAAGGCUAAACGCAAGGUCUCUGCCGAGGACGAGAGCGACAGUGACAUCGAAUUCAUUGACAGGAGUGUACCCACGGAAUCAGGGCGUAGGUCGCAGAGGAUCAACACGUCGUCUUCAGAAAGAGUUAGCCGGAUUCUGCAGGAGCUGGACGAGGAGGAAGAAGAUGAGGGCGAGGACGAGGAUGAGGAUGAUACAGAGUCGGAGGCGGAGUCUGAUGAGGGGUUCUAA